CCUGAAAUCUCCAGCUGAACUUUCGCUAACUCUCCUGUUACGGGAUAUCUCCAUCGUUUCCAUCAUGACUCUUGAAGAGGUCCUAAUCCAGAAACCCGCCGAGCGCGCACAGUGCGCCGGCAAAGCCCUGGAGGAGGUUCUGGUGGCUGCUAAAGACAACGACUCUCUCACAGUUGGGGUCUAUGAAAGCGCCAAAGUAAUGAAUCUAGACCCGGACAGCGUGUCUUUCUGCGUCCUGGCCAUGGAUGAGGAGUUUGAGUGCGACAUCGCCCUCCAGAUUCACUUCACCCUCAUCCAGUCCUUCUGCUUCGACAACGACAUCAGUAUCGUGAGAGUGAGCGACAUGCAGCGCCUGGUUGAUAUCGUUGGAGACAAGGCGGAGCAGCUCGAAGAUGCGCACUGCGUCCUCAUCACGAAUCCAACUGAAGGGUCUUGGGAGGACCCCGCUCUGGAGAAGCUGCACCUGUUCUGUGAGGAGAGCCGCCGUCUGAACGACUGGGUUCCUGAGAUCAGCCUCCCUGGCCGUUGAUCUGGGACUCGCUCAGAUGCUUUGAAGCUUCUUAACCUGGAAAUACUCAUCCUGAUGAUCAGGAUGAUCCUGUUUCUACUCAUCCCUGGAUACUCCUGAGGAGGAAUCCCGUCCAGGCAGCACGGCGCCGGCCCGAGGAGGGCCCCCACGCACCGUGAACCCGUCGCCUCUCGUCCCGUCCAUGCCAAGAUGACUCUCAUUCUUUAUGUGAACGAGGUCGGGCAUGCCACGAGAGCGACACGUCGACCCUCAUUCUUUGUGCGGAUGAGGUUUGGAGAGGAAGGAGAAGCGAGUUCUGCGUCCUGUGGUCCCACAGAGCAAAUGUCGCACGUUGAAGCACGCGCAGCAGGAGAAGAAGCGGUGCUGAGGAAGAGGCCUACUUAGAAAGGGACUUUUUGAGGAGGUUCUCUUUGCUGAGCAACAUGACAGCAGUUGCAGUCAGCGGAAAUGUUUCCCACUUUCCAGAAUUGUCUUAAUUCUCUAAAGGUUUCACUUUAGAAAUUUAACAAUGACAAGAAUAUUCUAGAACAUUAUAAAAUGUUUGAAAAUGUCAUUUUCCUAAAGGUUUCACUUUAGAAAAUGGUUAAAUUAUUGAUAGAAUUAUGAAAAUUUGGUUGAAUAUUUUUAGAAACAUAUUUACUAAAGAAAAAGUAUUGUAAAAAACGUAAAUUUAUCUUAAGAUUGUUGGAACAAUGUUGGAAACAAA